AUGGCUACUAAAAUAGUAUUGCUAGCUAUCUUUGUGUCUCUGCUUGCUUCGGCUGCAUAUGGGCAACGACUACAGACCCGACGAAUGAGCCAAGCCCGCCAAUGCCGCCUCAACCGACUCACGGGGAGCCAGCCCUCUCAACGCAUCGAGUCCGAGGGCGGUGUCACCGAACUUUGGGACGAGUAUGAGGACCAGUUCCAGUGUGCCGGCGUUGCUCCCAUGAGGAACACAUUGCGCCCCAAUGCACUCUCUUUGCCCAACUUCCAUCCAUCCCCUCGCCUCGUGUACAUUCAACAAGGUGAGGGGCUGUUGAGCAUAAACAUCCCAGGAUGUGCAGAGACCUUCCACUCGGAGCCAUCAAUGGGGAUGCGAGCGGGUAGAGGCCGUGAAGAAGAGGAGGAAGAAGAAGAACGGGGACGUAGCAGUGGGAGAAGAGACCUCCACCAAAAGGUGCUCCGCAUUCGUCAAGGAGACAUCAUAGCCCUCCCCGCUGGUGUCUCCCAUUGGUGCUUCAACGAUGGCAACGAAGAGCUUGUUGCCGUCUCUAUCAAUGACCUCAACAACCAGGCCAACCAGCUUGACCAAAGAUUUAGGGCAUUUUACCUGGCUGGUGGAGUGCCAAAGCGAGGGCAGCAGAGCGAGCAGACUCGACAGAACUUCCAGAACAUAUUGCGUGCCUUCGAUUCAAAUCUUCUAGCUGAGGCCUAUAACAUCCCCGAAGACUUGGUGAGGAGGCUGCAAAGAGAAGAUGACCGAGGUCUCAUUGUCAAUGCCCGACAUGGAAUGAGUGUGAUUAGGCCUGAUGAAAAUGAGGAGCUGGAAACCGACCAAUCUUCUUCAAACGGUUUAGAAGAAACUAUCUGCUCCUUCAGAUUCCACCACAACAUGAACAACCGGAGAGAAGCCGAUGUCUACUCUAGGCAAGCCGGAAGAGUCAACAUUGUCAACCAGCACAAGCUUCCAAUCCUUCGCCACCUCGACUUGAGCGCCGAGAGAGGCAACCUUCUCCCUAGUGCAAUGCACACCCCAUACUGGUCGAUGAAUGGGCACAACAUUGUUUAUGUGAUUCGAGGUGAUGCACAAGUGCAGGUGGUGGGAAGCAACGGGCAGACAGUGAUGAACGAUAGGGUGAAUCAAGGGGAGAUGUUUGUGGUUCCUCAGUACUUUGCUGCAACGUUUAAGGCGGGAAGGAAUGGGUUGGAAUAUGUGGCGAUGAAGACCACUAGCUUGCCCAUGAAGAACCCUCUUGCUGGUUACACUUCAGUGAUCAGGGCCAUGCCACUACAAGUCCUCACCAACUCCUAUCAAAUGUCUCCAAAUGAGGCCCAGCAACUCAAGACCAACAGGGGAGGCCAAACUUUCCUGCUAUCUCCAAGGAAUAACUAAAGUUUUGUUAUAUAUCUAUAUAUAUAUAAGUAGUA